UUCAAACAGCUCAAUCCGAGUAUCAUUUCACCUCUGAGGAUGACUCUAAUCUGGACAAUUCUUUUAUUUCUCAAUAUAUUUCCUGUCCAAUCGGCACAUUUUCCCAGACCGUCUUUUCUCUCUGUGAAGUCUGGACAGAAUGUUUCUCUUAACUGUCCAUUUGAGGACAUUCGUAGGACUGAAAGUGUUGUCUGGUACAAACAAAUAUUUGGAGAAAUGCCUCAAAAAGUGGGAGAACAGUUAGCAUUUAAGGACUUCAUCAUUUUUUCUGAAUUCAAGACAUCAGGAUUUGCAAUGGAGAAGACGGCUGGUGGCUUUACUCUUACAAUUCAACAUGUAAUUAAGAAACAUGGAGGACUUUACUAUUGUGAGAAAUGUACAGUGGAAAAUAUUACAUUAUCCAGUGGAAUGUUCUUGACUGUAACAGGUGAUGAUGAAGAUGUCAGUGUUUCAGUGUUGCAGAAUGGUGAGUUGGACUCGGUUCCUGCAGGAGCAUCAGUGACUCUGCAGUGUUCGGUUCUCUCUGAGAGCAGAGCAGCAGAACUCCAAGUGCUCUGGUUCAGAGCUGCUCCAUCACAAUCCCAUCCUCAACUCAUUUACACUCAUCACAACAGCAGCCUUCAGUGUGAGAGUGAAUCUUCUACACACACCUGUGUGUACAACUUGUCCAAGAACAUCUUCAGCCUCAAUGAUACUGGUACUUACUACUGCGCUGUGGUCCUGUGUGGGAAGAUCAUUUUCGGGAACGGGACACGAGUACAGCUGGAGAAGGUUUUACAAUUGGGUCCUGAAGUGAUGUACCUCACAGUAGUGGUGGUCGUGUGUGGUUGUGAUCUUCAUUCAAGCUUUUAUAAUCUUUACAAAGUGGAACGGUGAACAUUGCAGGGUGAGACCUCGACAUGAUUCCGAGGUAGAGAACACACCUAGUCUGGGCAACAAUGCAGGGGAUAUGAAUUACGCUGCUGUAAAUUUCAGUAAGACGAACAGCAAAAGAGAGACAAGGAAGAGAGACCAACCUGCAAAGUGUAUUUAUUCUUCGGUGUCAUAUGCCAGCUAGAUUAUAUUUCUAAAUGUAUUUAAUUUAUUCAUUAGUUUAAAAUCAGAAUUAAAGUUUAUCACAAAUCUCUGCUCAUGUUUAUGUAUUUAUGUAAAAAAAAAUACUAAAAUCUAUUUGAGUAUCAGUUCAUAGCGACCCUUUGCUUUGUUAUUUACUUGGUCAUUUCAUGCAUCUGAAUUGUAUCCUGCAGUUGAAAAUGUAAUGUUUAUUUUUUUCAACUACCAGCCUUUCUGAAGUGAAAUAAGUUUCACAUUUGUACAUAUUGCAGAAUUAAAGUUCUGUGAUUAUUCAAUCAGAAAACCCCUAAAGUACAAAUGAGAGCAAAUAAAUCCAACACCGGAGUUUCACAGGCGAUUACUGCAUAAUGACUACAAUCAUUAGUCUUUUGUCUAUUUCAUCACCAGCAAAUAGAGAAGCUAUUCAACUUAAUACAUCUUAAUCAAAUCCUGUCCAUUGUGGAAGGAGCUAAUUUCAUUGGAAUUCUUUUAAAACCCCUUCUGGUGUUAAUAGAAUAGAAACUGUAGUACAUCAAUAACUUGUGAAAUGUUCAUGAAAAUAAACAAUAAAAUCUAAAGUAUCUCUCCCUAAAUUCCUCACUCCAUCAGUAGACCUUCAUCCACU